CGGGGCCACCGAUGCCUUUACAUCACGGCGAGAAAACGACACUCGAUCGACCCACGCACUACGAUGCUGCAUACGUCAACGCUCGUGCUCCUUGCGCUCGUACCGCUCCGCCUCGUGCUGGCCGACGCUACGUGUUACGAAGGCGCCAAGAUGGCUUUGCACGCGCACUGCUAUGGCGUCAUGAUCAACAUGAACUUCGAUGCUAUCAUCCUGGAGAAGCGCAAUAUGCAAGGGGGUGAUCUCCUCGGGCAGCUGAACGCCUGCUGCGAUGCAUGCGCUUCGGCACCGUCCUGCACCAGCUUUACAAUCACCGACAGUAUCUGCCACCUCCAAAAUGCGACAGUGAGCCCGACACCGCUGCUCGGCGCGGUCGUUGGGCGCUACAAGGUAGUCAAGUCGUAG